ACAGAAUUGUACUUUCAUAAUAAACGUUAUUUUUUUUGUUAACACAUUUGACGGGUUUAAUCCAUAUCAUUGUAACAAAUAAAACUAAAAGUAAAAAAAUCUUUAAAAUUUGAAAGGUGGAAACAUCAACGAAAAGGAGUCUGUCGGAGGAUCUUCGACCACUUAUGCGACUGCUUCGAAUUUCCGGCCACUUUCUGCCUGAUUAUGAAAAGGGUGGCGUUCUGGGAAAGUCCAUCUACUCAGUGAUGCACAUUGGUCUCGGAAUUACUCACUUUAUCUUUCUCGUGAUAAAGUUGCUGAUGCAAUUUGGUGACACGGUCGCUCUUAUAAGCAACACCCUUACCAUGCUGUUUUUUCUACAUGGCAUUACAAAGGUGCUGUAUUUCGGCCUAAAACGCAAGCAGUUCUACACGACGUUGCACACAUGGGAGAAGAGCCACACGCACCCUUUAUUCGCCGCUUCCGACGCAAAGCACCGAGCGGCGUUCGCGGCCGAGACGCGGCGUUUGCUGCAGCCCAUCCUGGCGGCCACGUCCCUCACCGUCUUCUUCUGGGCCGUCCACCCCUUUGUGGGCGGGGCCGAGCACGUCAGGGUAGCCGCCGCUGCCGCCACUGCACAACCUUCGGCUUUGGGGAACGACACGUUCGCAAACCUGACGUCGCUGUCGAUGGAAGGAGAGGCGUCCAGCAUGACGGACGCGGAGCAGCGGGACACCGAGACGCGCACCAAACUGCUCAUAAACGCCUGGUACCCCUGGGACCCCUACAGCAGCAACCUCGCCUACUUCUGCACUUAUCUCUACCAGCUGUACUGGUUGGUGUUUUGCAUCUGCCAAAUCAAUCUUCUGGACACGCUAUUCUGCUCGUGGUUAAUUUAUGGAUGCGAGCAACUGCGUCACCUCAAGGAUGGAAUGCAGUGCAUGAUGCAACUCAGCGCCAGGGACAGACUCGCAACCCUCUCCAGUGAAAACGGGUACCAUUUGGAAAACGUGGACGAAUUAGAGGUUCAGGUGGCGCCGAUGGAACCGAAAAUGGCAUUUCAGAGACUCCGGCGCGUUGUGCCAAAAGAAACUCCCCCAAUUCGAAUAAACCAAACGAUUGACUCGUUGAUGCUCAAGUUCCCCGGUGCCGAAGUGAAUGGGGAGAGCUCCGAAAAUAACAAAAAGGGAGUUGUUAUCAGGUCGGCCAUCAAAUACUGGGUCGAGAGGCACAAACACAUCCUUAGAUACAUUGAAUCAAUAGGUGACUCUUAUGGUAUGGCUCUGCUUUUGCACAUGCUUACCAGCACCGUCACGCUCACACUCCUCUCCUACGAGGCCACAAAGAUAACUGGGAUCAAUUUGCACGCAUUCACAGUGAUCGGUUACCUGAGCUACACUCUUGCCCAGGUCUUUCUGUUUUGCCUGUUCGGUAAUCGUCUAAUUGAAGAGAGCGUUUCCGUGAUGCAUGCGGCGUACAGUUGUCCUUGGUACAAUGGCUCUGAAGAAGCGAAAACCUUCGUGCAAAUCGUGUGCCAGCAAUGCCAACGGCCGCUCUCCGUUUCAGGAGCAAAGUUCUUCACCGUUUCCCUCGACUUGUUCGCUUCGGUGCUCGGAGCCGUUGUGACUUACUUCAUGGUUCUCAUUCAACUCAACUAGAAUGUAGACUGACUGCAAAAAUGAAGCGCACACCGUCGUGUUAAAAUUUUAAUCUUGUAACGUUUGAAUAAAAACAUUGCAAUCGCAUUUUGUCGAGUGCAGACAGUUAA